GAGCACGCGCCGCCUGCCAGAAUGGCCGUAUCGGCGCUAUUAGCUUUAAUGAUGGAUGCAACAUAACAAUAACUUGAGGUCUUCAAUUAUUAUAAAAACUUAUCGGUAUUCAUAAUUAUUGUUAUAAGUAAAACGAAAUCAAAACCUGUUCAAAAGAAGAAUAGAACUGUUUGUCUUUUGUUAUAAAUACGACGUCUGGAGGCACGGCAAGACAGUUCAGUGAGUGCGGACCGUUGAAGAAUACAGAACCUUCAAGAAAUACAAGGACAUUCAAAAGAAUUAAAAUUUCUAUUUAAAAUAACAUGAAACAUGUCCUCCAAGGCUAUCACUGGUAAAAUUAACUUUAAUACAAAGCACUUGAAACGAGGAGAUCCGUUACCGCCCUAUAAUGGAAAAUUACGAGUGUACAACAUGCGUUAUUGUCCUUUCGCGCAACGAACCAUUUUGGCGCUAAAUGCGAAACAAAUGGACUAUGAAGUUGUAAAUAUCAACCUUAUGGACAAACCCGAAUGGCUGACGAGAAAAAGUGCAUUUGGCAAAGUGCCAGCAAUAGAAAUUAAUGAAGAUGUAUGUAUAUUCGAAAGCUUGGUGACAGUUGAGUAUCUUGAUGAAGCGUACCCACAAAGACCCCUGUUGCCAAAAGAUCCUCUUAGGAAAGCUUUGGAUAAAAUUUUAAUAGAGGCUUCAGGACCUAUCCAUACAAUGAUGUUCAAAACAGUCAAAAUGCCAGAUUCAAUAACCGAAGACAACUUAAAGGCGUACGAGAGCUCUUUACAAUACAUACAGAACGAACUUAUAAAUCGAAAAACAAAAUUCUUAAGUGGCAACGAACCGGGCUACGUGGAUUACAUGAUAUGGCCGUGGUUUGAAAGAAUUGGGGCUCUCAAGAAAUUCGAUGAACGUGCCGGGAUAGAUUCUAGCAAAUUUGGUUUACUGUUGGAAUACUGCAGUAAUAUGGCCAAGGACCCAGCAGUUAGUGAUUACCUACUGCCAGAUGACAUCUUGUUUAAAUAUUUUGAAGGUUACAAGGCAGGAGCACCCAAUUAUGAGCUUAUGACUGAAGAGUGACAUGAGAAUAUGCUUAAGCAAUGAAAAUAAUGAGAUUAUGUAUAUGUUAAAUGUUUUAUACGAAUGAAAUGGUAUAUCGUGAGAUUAAAAAAAUCAUCAGAAUAUAUGUAUAAUUUUAUUCUUGUAAUUAUACUAUUGUCUAAUGUUUUUAUAUUCUUUUAUAUAUAACUUUAAAUUACUUA